UAAUUUAUAUUUAGGAAGUACAAUCGCUAUAGUUUUAAACGUUAAUUAAAAAGCAACUCAACCUCUUAUCACUUUCCAAUACCAUAAUAUUGCUGAUAUAAAACCCGAUGUACUACCUAACAUUUAGUUUUAAUUUUUCAUUUAUUCUAUAUUCUAUUAUAUUAAAUGUUCAUUAUAUUCAUUUAAGUUGGUCAGAUUCCGAAAUUUUUAUUUUCAGUAUAAUAUUCAAACAAGUUUCGAAGAUUUUACCGCAAGGGACUACGAAUAUUUCUACAUUAAAACAAUAUGGCACAGUAUCAACUAUAUUCGUCCGCUAAUGAAUCAUCAACCGUGGCCCGUUGUCCAAUUGAUUGUCUAAUUCCCGAGUAUGGUCCUGAAGCCCCACAACCGUCAUACAAUCAAAACAGUGCUAUCCCGUUUACAAUUGAUUAUUCAUAUUUCAUCAACGAUAUUUCGUCCAAACGACAGCCGUCUCAACUUCGAGAAAUAACGAGGGUGCUAGAGAAACUACCACCAAACUGCAUAAAAUUCGGUGUCGGUGUACCAAAUGUACUAACAUUUCCAUUCAAGAAGAUUAGCGUGGAAAUAAUUACCGGCGAGAAUAUUAAACUUCAAGGUCAAGAACUAUCUGAUGCCUUGCAAUAUCUGCCUUCGGUUGG